CACAAAGACCUGGACGACCAAACCACUGUCGACUCCUACCUCCCAAUCACACACACACACACUGCUCUACACCCUGACUUUUCCUACUAAUCCACGAUUUCACCGUCAAAUUCACAUACGCAUCUGUUUGUUUCCCGGGAAAAUCUCCCCGUUUUUUUUUUUUCUUUCUUUUUAAACACGCCCACCUGAUUUGUUAUUAGUUCUGUCUAACACUACGUAUUCAACUCAGGUUCUAGUUGUUUGUUUUCCAAGAAAAUUUCACCCAUUCGAACGGAGAAAGAACCAUUUUGCGCACUAUGGCGACCCCAAAACCCCAAAAGAGGUCCCCGGAGGAAAUCGAGGACAUAAUCCUCAGGAAAAUCUUCCUGGUAUCGCUGACCGAUUCGGCCGAAUCAUCAGCACCGUCCGAUCCCCGAGUCGUCUACCUGGAGAUGACCGCGGCGGAGAUUCUGAGCGAGGGCAAAGAGAUGAGGCUCUCGAGAGACUUGAUGGAGAGGGUCCUGAUCGAUCGGCUCUCGGGGGGUUUCGUCUCCUCCGAACCGCCAUUCCAGUACCUUACCGGGUGCUAUCGGCGAGCCUACGAGGAGGGCAAGAAGAUAUCUUCCAUGAAGGACAAGAACGUGAGGUCCGAGAUGGAGUUUGUGGUGAGGCAAGCGAAGAAAUUGGCGGUGUCGUACUGUAGGAUUCACUUAGGGAACCCCGAAUUGUUUCAGAAUGCGAAUGCGAAUUCGAAGUCAGGUUCGAGCAAUUCCCCGUUGUUGCCGCUGGUUUUCGCGGAGGUUGGGGGCUCGAUGGACGGGUACGGAGCUGGUGGUAGCAGUGGCGGGACACAGUGCCCACCUGGCUUCUUGGAGGAGUUCUUUAGGGACUCGGAUUUCGAUAGCUUGGACCCCAUAUUGAAGGGAUUGUAUGAGGACUUGAGGGGCAGUGUGCUCAAGGUCUCGGCGCUCGGGAACUUUCAGCAGCCUUUGAGGGCUUUGCUGUAUUUGGUUAGCUUCCCGGUUGGUGCCAAAUCGUUGGUGAAUCACCCGUGGUGGAUUCCCAAAGGCGCCUAUUUGAACGGCCGGGUUAUCGAGAUGACCAGCAUACUGGGGCCAUUUUUUCAUGUUAGUGCUCUGCCUGAUCAUGCCAUUUUCAAGAGCCAGCCUGAUGUGGGACAGCAGUGCUUUUCAGAAGCAUCAAUUCGUCGACCGGCUGAUUUAUUAUCCUCAUUUACCACAAUUAAAACGGUUAUGAAUAACUUAUAUGAUGGUCUAUCAGAAGUUAUUCUCUCACUCCUUAAAAAUACGGACAUCCGUGAAAAUGUGCUCGAGUAUCUUGCAGAGGUGAUCAAUAAAAACUCGUCGAGGGCUCACAUCCAGGUUGAUCCUCUAUCGUGUGCAAGUUCAGGCAUGUUCGUCAGUCUCAGUGCUGUUAUGCUUCGGCUGUGUGAGCCGUUUUUAGACGCUAGCUUAACAAAAAGGGAUAAAAUUGAUCCCAAAUAUGUAUUUCACAGUAACCGACUGGAUUUAACAGGGUUGACUGCUCUUCAUGCAUCAUCAGAAGAAGUUGCGGAAUGGCUUAAUAAUACCAAUUUGGGGAAGACUGAUGGCUCUAGACAAUAUACUGAUGGUGAAAAUCGGUUGCUUCAAUCUCAAGAAGCUACCAGUUCUGGCAGUGGUGCUAGUGGCUCCUCUAAUGCAAAGCCAGCAUCAAGCGGUGAUAAAACUAAAUAUCCAUUUAUUUGCGAAUGCUUCUUUAUGACUGCAAGGGUGCUCCACUUGGGUUUAUUAAAAGCAUUUUCUGACUUUAAACAUUUAGUUCAGGACAUUCAAAGGUGUGAAGAUACUCUCUCUACUCUUAAAGACAUGCAAGGGCAUGCUCCUACUCCAGCAUUGGAGCCGGACAUUUCUCGCCUUGAGAAAGAAAUAGAGUUGUAUUCACAGGAAAAACUUUGUUAUGAAGCUCAGAUAUUGAGGGAUGGAGCACUUAUUCAGAAUGCUCUUUCUUUCUACCGGUUAGUGGUGGUUUGGUUGGUUGGCCUGGUUGGUGGAUUUAAGAUGCCUCUGCCAUCCGCUUGCCCAAUGGAGUUUGCAUGUAUGCCAGAGCAUUUUCUGGAAGAUGCCAUGGAAUUGCUUAUUUUUGCUUCCCGGAUUCCGAAAGCUUUGGAUGGGGUUUUGCUGGAUGACUUCAUGAACUUUAUUAUCAUGUUCAUGGCAAGUCCAAAUUUUAUUAGAAACCCUUAUCUCAGAGCAAAGAUGGUUGAAGUGCUAAACUGCUGGAUGCCACGUAGAAGUGGCUCAUCUAUUACAGCUACUCUAUUUGAAGGGCACCAACUCUCUCUUGAGUAUCUUGUGAGGAAUCUUCUGAAGCUCUAUGUUGACAUUGAGUUCACUGGUUCUCACACGCAGUUCUAUGACAAGUUUAACAUCCGUCACAAUAUUGCCGAACUUCUCGAAUACCUGUGGCAGGUCCCUAGUCAUCGUAAUGCUUGGAGACAGAUUGCCAAGGAGGAGGAAAAGGGUGUCUAUUUGACUUUCUUAAACUUCCUGAUUAAUGAUAGCAUCUAUCUUCUCGAUGAAAGUCUUAACAAAAUUCUUGAACUGAAAGAGUUGGAAGCCGAGAUGUCAAAUACCGCAGAAUGGGAGCAAAGACCAGCCCAAGAGAGGCAGGAGAGAACCCGACUAUUCCACUCCCAAGAGAAUAUUAUCCGGAUUGAUAUGAAGUUGGCAAAUGAGGAUGUGAGUAUGCUGGCAUUUACUUCGGAGCAGAUUACAGUUCCUUUCCUACUUCCUGAGAUGGUUGAGAGAGUGGCCAGCAUGCUCAAUUAUUUUUUGUUGCAACUUGUGGGUCCCCAAAGAAAAUCUCUUACUCUGAAAGAUCCUGAAAAAUAUGAAUUCCGUCCAAAACAGUUGCUUAAGCAGAUUGUCUACAUAUAUGUUCAUCUUGCAAAGGGUGAUACGGAAAACAUUUUCCCGGCUGCUAUAUCAAAAGAUGGUCGAUCAUACAAUGAACAGUUAUUUAGUGCUGCAGCAGAUGUUCUGCGAAGAAUUGGUGAAGAUGGAAGGGUAAUACAGGAAUUUAUUGAGCUAGGUGCCAAGGCCAAAGUUGCAGCUUCUGAGGCAAUGGACACUGAAGCUACUCUUGGAGAGAUACCUGAUGAAUUCCUUGACCCAAUUCAAUACACUUUGAUGAAGGAUCCAGUUAUCUUACCUUCUUCAAGGAUCACGGUAGACCGACCUGUCAUUCAAAGGCAUCUUCUUAGUGAUAAUACUGACCCUUUCAACCGUUCCCAUCUUACUGCGGACAUGCUGAUUCCAAACGAUGAGUUGAAGGGAAGAAUUGAAGAGUUCAUCAGGUCCCAGGAAAUGAAGCAGCAUGGGGAACGCCUUAGCAAGGAGAGCAUCAAGGCGACAAUACAAACCACGAAUAGUGAAAUGUUAAUCGAUUAGGACUGUAGGAUUCUGAAUUUUGGAGAUUCCUAUGAUGGGGGACGAGACGGACAGUGGAAAAGUGGAUUUGUAAUUAUUUCAAUGCCAGUCAUAGCAUUUAUAUGUUUAGAGUUUUAACAUUAUUUUUUGUAAAAAUUCAAUGUAAGAAAAGCCGGUUAUGGGCUUAAUGAUAA